CAGGUGUGUUUCACCGCUCACUUCGGGUCUUUUACUGUGAAAACGUAUUCCGGAAGUAGCAUCUAUUUUUAUUCCGUCUGUCUGGCUCCGGUAUGUGAGGAAGACUUCGUGCGGAGGGACGAAGACGUCGUGGACGCGAGGCACCGAGUGAACGUCCGGGUGGCACAGAGCUGUUCGAAGACCCGACGCCGUCCACGGAACCCACCGGCUGUCCCGCUUGCUUCGGGAAACACCCCCCCCCCCCUCCCCUCCCCCAAACAAAAAGAACAAAAACACAACGCUUCUGUAAAACGGCGACCGUGUGAUUUCACCGAGGAUGUCUGGACAGAGCAUCACGGACCGGAUAACCGCCGCGCAGCACAGUGUCACCGGCUCGGCGAUCACCAAAACCGUGUGCAAGGCGACCACGCAUGAGAUAAUGGGACCCAAGAAGAAACACUUGGACUACUUGAUUCAGUGCACAAACGAGAUGAAUGUGAACAUCCCUCAGCUGGCUGACACGCUGUUUGAGAGGACCACCAACACCAGCUGGGUGGUUGUCUUCAAGUCCCUCACAGCAACACACCAUCUGAUGGUCUACGGCAAUGAGAGAUUUAUUCAGUAUCUGGCUUCAAGGAAUACACUCUUCAACCUCAGCAAUUUUUUGGACAAAAGUGGCUUACAAGGCUAUGAUAUGUCAACGUUCAUAAGGAGGUAUAGCCGCUACCUGAAUGAGAAGGCCGUGUCCUACAGACAAGUCGCUUUUGACUUCACUAAAGUGAAAAGAGGGUCUGAUGGAUUGAUGAGAACCAUGAACACAGAAAAACUCCUCAAGACCAUCCCUAUCAUCCAAAAUCAGAUGGAUGUGUUACUCGACUUCAAUGUCAAUGCCAACGAACUGACAAAUGGUGUGAUCAAUGCCGCCUUCAUGCUUCUGUUCAAAGAUGCAAUCCGACUGUUUGCAGCCUACAACGAGGGCAUAAUCAACCUCCUGGAGAAAUACUUUGACAUGAAGAAAGUCCAGUGCAAAGACGGACUUGACAUCUACAAAAAAUUCCUGACACGAAUGACAAGAAUCUCAGAGUUCCUCAAGGUUGCAGAGCAAGUGGGGAUUGAUCGAGGAGACAUCCCAGAUCUUUCUCAGGCCCCCAGCAGCCUGCUGGAUGCCCUGGAACAGCACUUGGCCUCUUUAGAGGGAAAGAAAGUCAAAGACUCAACAGCAGCCAGCAGGGCCAGCACCCUCUCCAGCGCGGUCUCCUCCCUGGCCAACACCGGCAUCUCUUUCACCAGAGUGGACGAGAGGGAAAAACAGGCAGCCCUGGAGGAAGAGCAGAGUCGCCUAAAAGCACUAAAAGAUCAGCGUGUGAAAGAGCUCCACAAGAAUCCUGCCAUAGCAACCAUGGACGACUCCCCUGUCUCCACAAUGGGUGGAACCAUCAAUUCAACCCCCGCAAUCGACCUCUUCUCCACCCCCAGCUCCACCAACAGCUCAUCCAAGGCAGCCAGUGACCUUCUGGAUCUACAGCCAGCUUUCCAGCAGCCGGUGCCUCUCUCCACCACCAACUCAUGGGGAGAUCCUUUCACCUAUGCUGCAGAAGCUGUGGAAGAAUCCACUCCAAACUCAAACCCUUUCAUGACACGACCUGUUGUCGAUGCUGUCCACCCGUCCACAGUGUCCUCAGACGCUGGCGGUCCGUCCCCUCGGACACCUAGCGAUGAAGUGUUCGAUCAUUACACUCCCUUUUUUGACUCCAGCUCCUCCCUGACUUCUGACCUUGAUACCGGUGCACAGAUAGAGACAUUUAUCACAGACUCCUUCUGUGGGCCAAGCCCUUACACCACCCUGUUCCAUUCUGAGCCCCCUGCUGUAGCUGGUCUAUUCAGAGGGUUUACAGCCUCCCCAACACCACAGCAGCAACAGAACUCUCGAGGCCUUAACGUCGACUUUGAAUCAGUAUUUGGCAACAACACUAACGGCAACAUCCCUGAUUCUACUGAUGUUUUAGGUGGCAUCCUCAAACCCACAGUGGCAUCUUCACCCAAUCAGUGCAUGACCCCAAACGGCCAACAGUCCAACAAACUUGUGUCCACUGACCUGGAUUCCUCACUGGCCAAUCUUGUCGGCAAUCUGGGAAUUGGCAACGGCACAGCGAAGAAUGAUCUUCACUGGAGUCAGCCUGGGGAGAAGAGGCUGACAGGUGGAAGCAACUGGCAACCCAAGACGGCUCCCUCCACCACCUGGAACCCUGCAACCAUGGCUCCAUCUGUCAUGGCCUUCCCUGCAACCACACCGACAGGCAUGAUGGCAUAUGCAAUGCCUCCUCACAUGGGCUCCAUGAUGAUGACGCAGCCCACUAUGAUAUACUCCCAGCCUGUGAUGCAGCCGGCCAACCCCUUUGGACCCAACCCAGGUGCACAGUCCCCCACUACCUCUAGCCCCUCCAGUCUCAGCCCCCUCCCAGCACCGGGGAAGGAUCCCUUUGCACAGCUCUGUCUGCAGAAUUUUUUAUAGGACAUCAUUAGAUGCAGUUUAUGUAACCUGAGGAGGAGUGGGGGGUCUUUCCCAUCUGAAGAAGUUUCACAACAAAGUCGACUGUAUGAGCGAAGCUGCAGUUUGUUUCUUAUAAACUCACCUCUCUGAGGACGAAAGGCCCCAGAAGGACUUUUGGCGGCUCCGGCCACGUCAAGCCAUCAUGCUCAUCUCGUCAUGUCUACAUCACAGCAGCAGGAGGGGGAUAGAAUCCGCGUGGACGGGGGGUCGCCCCCCACGAGAGAAAUAAAACACCUGACCGGAGAGAUUUUUAUCAUCACUGUUUGUGAACAUGGAGACUAAAAAACAGAACUAAGAGGGUUGGUUUUCACACAUGUACACAGACACACACACACACACCACUUUUGAGUUGUCUUGUACUUUUUUCCCCCCGUACCUCUUUUUCCGGGUGAGGCUGGCAAGCAUCAGUCACGAUCACCUUCUUCAAUCUUCCUCAAAAUCAAAACAUCAAUCGCAGAAUCCAGUUAAUACCACACAUUUUUGUUUUCUAUUCUUUCUUUUUUCAUGUAUUGUUUGCAGUAGACAUUCCUUGUGUAUUGUAUUGUAUUUAUUUAUGAUAACCUAUAGAGAGGAUGACAUUAUUAAAACAAAACGUAACUAGUCACUGACUUCCCUCACGCGGAAGCGCUUCAGGUUUAUACAUAGGUAUGACUGAUUGUAGAAUUGUUUUUUGUGUGAUUGAGAUGAUUUUUAAAAAACAACAACAACAACAAAAAAAGGUAAUAUAAAGUUUAAAGAGAUGACACGUUUUGCUGCAGGGGCACUGGAUAUUGUCUGUACUCGCAUGAUGACUUGUACGGUUGUGUGGGGGUGGGGGUCACGCUGAGGAUGUGUUUUUAACGCAAGAAUUCAUUAACGCCGUCAAAUCUGUGACUUUCUAUGAAUUCAGCGCGGGAACACUUUUCACGUCAGCAGAAGCACUACAUUGUGUGACUGAGGCGUGUAUUCUUCCAUCUAACAAAGCUCUCGGCAAAUCCCCUGCUCCAACCUCAAUCUGCAGGGUCCCUUUCAUGCUUUGGUCAUUUUUUUUUUCAUAGGCGAGCACCAGGGUGUUAAGGGCACUGUGGGGCAUAUGGGGGUGGGGGGUGCAGGAGAAUAGAGCACUGUUGAUCGGUGCUUUGUGUAUAUAAAACUGAUCCUGCUGAUACAGCGAGGGGGGGUGUAGGUAUGAGAGAUGGCCCGAACAUGACAGGGGCCCCUAAUCCAUUAACUGAGCAUAUCUGUUGCAUCUUCCACGCAAAUUAUAUAUUUUUGUUUGAAUUUUUUUCCCCCUCCUCAAAUAAAGUGCAAGCUUCCACA